AUGUGUCAAUACACAUCAAAGCUAUCAUCAGCUGAAGUGACUACUACGAGAUAUAAAUACACUGAUUCCAGUAAAUACAAAGACUAUAAAGGGAAAUUUAAGAGUACCAACAGAGAGAUCGCUGGUUGGACCGAUGGAGCAGAUUUAGAUGAGUUCAGCUUGGAUGAUGCCGACUACGACACCAUUGCCAACAAUGCCAUGCGAGUGCAGAAAAGAUUGCACAAUGAACAAAACGUGUUUAUCAUUCAACCAUACAUAAAGUGGGGACCGAAAAAGUCUUCCAGCAAAUCAGAACAUCAACUUGCGGAGGCGGAAGCGUUGGUUCGUUCGAUACCCAAAUGGACAGUAGAGUCCCAAGUAACCAAGAUUCCGCUGGAAUCGCUAGAUAAAAAGCAUCUUUUUGGCGUUGGGAAACUGGAAGAAAUUAAAAUGUGUUUGCAAAACCUGCAAACUUCUGGAACGUUAAUCACUUGUGUAUUUGUCACCUUUCCAAUUGUUGCUGUCGUGGGCUACACCAGUGCCGGUAAAACCUCUCUGAUUAAAGCCUUCACCGAGGAAAAAUCUCUCGAACCGCGGAAUCAGCUAUUUGCCACGUUAGAUGUAACGGCUCAUGCUGGCUGGCUUCCAUGCAAGCUGGAAGUACUCUUUAUGGACACCGUCGGUUUUAUGGCGGAUAUCCCGACGGGACUAUUGCAAGAAAUUGAGCGGCAAAUUCUGGUCGUUACCGGUCGCCAAAAGCUUAUUAUACGGGUUCCUAUGGGCGGCCAAGAGGUGGCUUGGCUAUACAAGAAUGCAGCUGUAACGGAAACGGCUGCCGAUCCUCGGGAUAGUCAGCGGCUGCUGGUCGGAGCGGUGAUUACCGAAGCCAAACUAUACAACAGUUUCGGCAUCUGUUUGUUUAGAGAAGGGCUUCGUGAGCCUACGCCUAACUUCAUCCAUUAA